CUCCCAGUGAGAGAGCAUUUACACAUUGCGGCUCAGACAGACCAGGGCUACGGCACACUCAGGUACAUACAGGGCUACUGGUGACUAAGGGUAUGGGGUGGGGGAGCAUGCUGCAUAAUUUGGAUUUGUGGGACUGGAAUGGAGUAUUUAAUGAUUCGUUAUCAUAUACACUACAAUAUAUUAUGUCUGCAAAGGAAAAUAUAGAGACAAGACAAAGAUAUACACAUACACACUAUUUUGACGUGUGUGCGUGUAUUAUUUUUUUCUAUUAAAUAAGAAAGUAAAUCAACUAGGGGGUAUGGAAAAAUACGAUGUUUCUUCCACUUUGCAUCCAGUUUAAUCUAUAGCAUUUAAAUUCCAGAAGCCGGCCAUGAACAUGCAUGCAUAUUAGUCUGUCAUUGAGCAAUGUAUGGUGUUAUAACAUAAUAUAUAGCAAUGUGUAUCGACAUUUCUGCUGAGGACAGUCAAAGAACCACGUGGCAAUCAAACAGGGUGAUGUAUAACUCGCAGAACCAUGGGUGUAAAAAUCAGGAGAAAUCUAGUGCAAUAGGGGGAAAUCCACCAGGCAUGAUGGGAGAACAAAAUCAUGUGUUUUACGGUUUUAAGAAAGAUGAGAAAAACUAAACGUUUUAAAAGAGUUGGUUAUCUUCUACACAUUGUGUUUAAAAUCAUUUGAUUUCAACAAGGGGAAGACCUUUUAUUGAAUAAUUUUAUUAUGGCUUGUGUGAGAAACUGUGUGUUUGUGUGUAUAUAUAUAUCAUCUUUAUGUAAACAUAAACAGCUCUUAACAGACAAAUAUUUGUUGUGAUUGGCAGCUUCCCACUGAUUUUCUUUGUUUCCAUUCCAAUUUGUAUAACUCUCAUUACUCUGAGUCAGACUCAGAACUUCCGUGCAAAGCCUUGCUCUACUAGAAGUGAAUAAGGAUACUUGCUGGCAGAUACUAAAGACAUGCCAUCAUUGUUAAUAAUGCCAAAUAUGGUUAUCUUUUUGACUAUGAAAUGAGUGUAGUUUUAAAGCUGAUUCAAUAAUAUAUUAGCCACUGAGAAUACAGCUCAGUGUUCUGUGUCUGAAUGCCUGAAAGGAUCUCAAAUUUUGAUGCAUCAUUUAAAAAAGCAUUGGCUGAACUAUUUGCACUUCAGACUUGUAAGAAGAGCUGAUUAAUUUAAUGUUGUAUGUGGCACACUAUAAGAAGCAGCUGCAAAUUCAAAUUAACCAAAGCAACUGGCGGCGUGGAAAAAUAUACAAACAAAUUGACUUCAAAGAGCAAAAUACUGAGCAUGGAGUGGAUGCCUACUAUAGUAGAAUAGAAUAGAAGAUGUUUGCCCAUGAAAUCUAGAAGAUAACAAUCCAGCCAAUCACGGCUAGCGGCAGUUUUCUAGCUCCAGAAUUGCUAUUUAAUGGUUCGGAUUAAUUUAAUUCCAGUAAUUAAAUGCUUAUUGGAGCUGAAAAAAAUAUUGGUUUCCAUAACUAAUCUAAUUGAAAAUAUAGGCUUUGGCGAUUCAAUUUCCUUCGAUUCAAUCUUUUUUUGUGUGACCAUUUUCCCACUGACAGCACUAGCAGCCAGCAGGCAAAUAGGUUAAAAAACAACCUAUGGGGUCAACAUGAUUUAAAACCCCCGCCUCACCAUAUUUUAUUUCUAACAUUCUCCCAUCUCGUUCAUCCAGUUACUGAUUGACUGAUAUUGCUCAUUUCUGUGCUUAGCCCUGUCAGCAUGAGCCGGGCCUGUGAUAGACGGGACAUUAUAUCCCAGGCUAUUCACUAACAGGCUGAUCUUACAUUGACAGUGCAGUAUGCAGGAACAUGCAGUGACAGCUGGCAGUUAUAUGGGACUGUCCCUUCUCCAUUACCACACAAACCAGUAGGAGAGGGAGAUGUAUCAUAGAUGCCCUCCUGGUUUACUGCAAAGACUCUUUUACUAUGGUUGCUGGUACAGGAGAAUGAAAAAUAUAUAUGGGGGAAAAAAAAGCUUUAAAAAAAAAAAAUCCCUCAGUCCAGCCAGGACCGUUUGAAGAUAUGGAAAUAGGUAUUAUGCCAUAACUACUGUAUGAGUCCGUUAGUAUAAAUAAUAAUUUUUUUUACUAUAAGUAGAUAUUAAAAGUAGGAAUUAAAUUUUUUUUCAUAAAUGAAGACGUUCCUUUAUAAGUGAAAAUCAAUAACACUUUUGCACAGUUAUGAGUCACUUCUUUACAUGUUCAUCAUAAAUCGUAACUGCAGACAUUUGCAAAAAUUUGGUGGAGUUAUAAACCCCUCCACCACUCGAUGACAUCAUUAAAUGUACAUGGAAUACAAUUCUUAGCUUCCAUACCUCUCAACAUGAGAUAUGUAAAUUGGGACUCCUCAGUUGGCUUAAAGGAGUGCGAUCUGCGGCACUGGCACCGCUUAGCCACCCAAAGAAGAGGCAUGUCAGCGUGACAGCCACACACACUGGUCAGCUCCAUUAAGGGCUGAUCCCAGUGUUCUUAGCAUAGUGCAAGUACAUCUAUUGGUACUACACUUUCUGGGAAAACAGUUCUCUAGUGUCCACAAAAGUGCAACACCAGGAAACAAGUCCAGGAUGUCAGGACAGGAACCUGAAAUCAGUACUGUGUCACUAGAUUCAGGACAUUUUUGGAUGUUGAGCUUCCAAUUGAUUGCAAAAUACUUUUGUUUAUUUUCAUAAAUUGUACGUGUGAGUGCUAAACAUAUCCUACAAUAAGUACUCUGAACAAAUCUCUGCAAUCUCCUGUUCCAUGGUGAAACUGCAGAUUUACAGAAAAGUAGGGAAAUUCAGAGACGGGCAAAAUGUUCCUGUUAAAUUGCCUGCUUUUAAACUUUACAUCCAUAAUGUAUUAAAAUAGAAGGAUAUGGGGGAUAAACACAAGCCGGGAGUGUCACUUUCAAGAGGGCACACUGUUGAACCAGGGGUCAUGACACUGCUGAGCAAGUACUAUUGAGUUACAAAGUUUUGUCUGGAGUUGUUGAGAUUCUUGAGAUCUUGAUCAUUGUCAAGCUCGUGGGUAAAAGGGGACAGGUGAGACUGCACUACACCAACAGAGUGCUAUUCAUUCCUUAACUGGGAGAGCUCAGCUGCUCACUGAAAACCUAUGCAGGCAAAUCAUAUCAAAACAUCUUGUUUUGUACAUUGUACUAUUGUACAUUUUAUUUGUAGCCUGUGCUAACCCAACAGCAACCCAAUGUAUUGAGUUUUUGGGUUAUUUAGACCAGCCAACGCUAUGUGCCCACUCCACAUUUACCUUUACCACCUUCACAUACAUAUAUAAGUAGCUAUACACACUUGUCACAGAAUCACACAGACAGUCACGUACAUAGACAUACAUCUACACACAUGGGCGUAGGAACCAGGUGGGAUGGGGGGGACGCAUCCCCCCCAGCAAAUCAUGCGGGGGGGACAGGUUAUGGAGAAAUCCCCCCCAGCUCCGCCGGCCCCCCUCAUGCUGCAGCCGCCCGAGCGCUCUGCAGAGAGCCUCAGGCGGCUGCAGCUUUGCCCGGGCUGGUGCGUCCAGGAGGGCGCACCGCCCGAGCGCAGCAUGAGGAGAGGGGCUGACAGGAGGGAAGUGCUCAGCGCUCCCUCCUGUCACUCCCUCACUGUAGCGUGGCCGAGCCCUGUAUGGUCCGCGGGUACAGGGAGCAUCUGUCUCCUGUACCUGGCCGGACUAACAGGAAGUGCACACUGAGUCAGUGUGCACUUCCUUUUAGUCCGGCCGGGUACAGGAAACAAAAGCUCCCUGUACCCACGGACCAUACAGGGCUCAGCCACACUACAACAGAGGUAGGGGAGGGUGGGGUAAAAAAAAAUUGACGGUGGGGGGGAGGAAGAAAUUGACAGGGGGAGGGAGGGGGAGGAAAAAAUGGAAGGGGGUGAGGAAGAAAUUGAAGGGGGGAGGAAGAAAUUGAAGGUGGGGAGGAAGAAAUUGAAGGGGGGGAGGAAGAAAUUGACAGGGGGUGGGAAGAGAAGAGAGUGACAAGGGAGGAAGAGGGGGGAGAAGAGAGUGACAAGAGAGGGGGGAGAGAUUGACAUCCAUCACACACACACAAUGCACCCCUUACACACAAAGACAAUGCACCCCUUGCACACAGAAAAACACACAAUGCAUUACACACACAAUGAAUUAGACACACACACAAGCAAUGCAACCCUUACACACAAUGCAUCCCUUACAUACACAGAAACACACCUUGCAGCCCUUACACAUACAAACACAGAUUCACACAAUGCAUUCCUUACACACAUAUCAGGACAUCUCCUACACACUCCACCCCCUGUGAACAAUUGGUGGAACAUGAAGGUGGACCCUGGGACCCAGACCUUGAGCUGUGUAAAGGUCCCCCAAAAAAUGGAGCUGCUUCCCGUUCUCCCAGAACAUUGAUUUUUGUGACCACAGUUACAAACAGCCCCCAGAGAGCCUGUUCUAAACCAGACCAGUGGAGCCAGACUGCAGCUAGAGCCCAUCAUCAUCCUCAUCUGGUUGUAAGUAGGCAAUCUAGCAUAUUAUUCGUGGCACUAAUCUCUAAUUUACCUCACAUUAAAGAAACACUAUAGUCCCCAGAACCACUGCAGCUUAAUGUAGUGGUUCUGGUGUCUAUAGCCUGUCCCUGCAGGCCUUUUAAUGUAAACACGGCGGCACUCCAGCACUGGCGUUAGGUAACAUGGCAGAUCAUAUGGGUGGGGCAUUGUAAUGUCACAUGGGGGGGCGGCAAACUUUAAUUUUGCCUAGGUCGGCAAAAAUCCUUGCACCGGCCCUGGCCGAGUGUCACGUGACUACCCGGCGCUCAGUCUGACACUGCGCCUGCCGGACGUCCAGAGGUCCCCCUGCUAUGUCAGGUAAAAGGGGGGACAAAGGUAGAAAAAUAAUUGGAAGGGUUUAGGGGGGCUACUAAUAUGGAUGGGGGGAGGGGUAGGUAGAAAAAUAAUUGGAAAGGGUUAGGGGGGCUACUAAUAAGGAUAGGGGGAGAGGGGUAGGUAGAAAAAUAAUUGGAAGGGUUUAGGGGGGCUACUAAUAUGGAUGGGAGGAGGGGGGAGGUAGAAAAAUUAUUGGAAGGGGUUAGGGGAGUACUAAUAUGAAUGGAAGGGGUAGGCUGGGUUCUAAUAUGCAUGGAAGGGGUUAGGGGGUACUAAUAUGCAUGGAAGGGGUAGGGGGUUAAUAUGCAUGGAAGGGGUAGGUGGGGUUCUUUUGUGCAUGGAAGGGGUAGGGGUGGUUCUAAUAUUCAUGGGAGGGGUAGGUGUGGUUCUAAUAUUCAUGGAAGGGGUAGAUGCGGUUCUAAUAUAAAUGGAAGGGGUAGAGUCGGGUAGUAAAAUGUAUGGAAUGCAUUUCUCACAGUGUCACUGAAUGACAGUUAGGAAAUGUGGUCACCCUAAAUCAGGGGCAGUAUUACACAAUCUGUAUAUGUAUAAAAAAAUAUAAAAAGUAAUCUGCAAAGUACAAAAUGUUUGUGUCAUAUGUCGUGCUAAAAAUUAAGCUAGGAAUAUGCAUAUUUUUUUAUUUUUUUUAAAAUAAUUUUUAGAAUAAUGAUACAGACAUUUUAUUUCUUACAUUUGUGAUGAUUCUUUUUUCCUCUCUAUAUUCAAGGGACACUAUAGUCACCAGAACCACAACAGCUAAACAUAGUAGUUCUGGUGUCUAUAGCAUGUCUUUGCAGGCUUUUUAAUGUAAGCACUGCCAUUUCAUAAAAAGGCAGUAUUUACAUUACUGCUGAGGAAUACCUCUAGUGGACACUCAGAUGGCCACGAGAGGUGCUUCCUAGUCGAGACAUGAAUGCCGCCCUAUGAAGUAUCUGCGCAUGUGCGGCAAAGAUGCGCAUGCGCACCAGAGAGCAAUGACGCUUCUGAAUAGAAGCGUUUUAUUGCUCCCUGCUCGCACCCUCCUAUUUUGUCAUUUUGACGAAAUAGGGGGCGCGGCAUCAGGAGGAUCCCAGCGCUGUAUCCGGGUAAGUAAAAUCCCUUCCCUGUAGUGACCCUUUAAUGUUAUUAUUUAAUAAUUUAUAUAGCAACUGCAAAUUCCGUAGCGCUGUACAAUGGGAUAAGCAACUACGGAAUAAGAAUAUACCCGGCGAGUAAAAAUGCUAUCCCCCCCAGAUUUUUUUGGGUUCCUACGCCCAUGUCUACACACAGAGUCAUAUACAAACAUUGCCAUACAAUCCAUGCUCUAUUGCCUCCUUCCUGCUCUCCCCUCCACAGCCAGCAUAGUAACAGGGGUACCAUAGGUCACUCAGCACCCACUGAUUUCUAAUAAGAUGCCACACAUUACAGUGGAAUCAAAUUUAAUUAAAUUGUCUGCUUGAUGAUGCUUAUUACCAUACAUCUGGUGCAGAGGUGCCAUGGUCCCAAAACUACAAUCAUAGCAGUCAUAUAAAUUGCAGAUACAACUGCUUAACCUCUGUGAGAUGCAUUGUACAUCAUUUGAGGGAUGGCAGUUAUAUUUAUUGGGUUACUCUAAUUCUUUAGGGGCCCAUCGGGUGGCUCAUGCUGUUUAGGCUACCCGGUGGCUAUGGAUUUCCAGGGGGCCCGGUCAGCGUUGCAGCGCUGUAAGAGCGACCGGGCCCCCUGAGAUGACAUCAGACGCUGGGAGGAAGUGCCUCCCCCGGUCACUCCUCCCAGCUAUCAGACAGAGCCGUGCGGAAGGAAGAGAGGAGGGAGUCAGAGUGGGAACGCUGACUCCCAUCAGUCUGACCCACCACUGGACCCAAGGGAAGUCACCCUCCUGCAUCUAAAAGGUAGGAAACAGGAGGGUGACUAAAAUAUUUUGAAUAUGUGUGUGUUUGUUUGUAUGUAUGUUUGUGUGUCUGUAUGAAUGUUUCUCUGUCUGUGUCUGUGUGUGUCUGUGCAUUUGUGUGUGUGUGUGUGUGUUUGUGUAUGUCUGUGUGUGUAUGUAUGUGUCUGUAUAUAUGUGUCUCUGUAUGUGUGUGUGUGUACAGUGGUGUACAUACAGGGUCGCAGCUGAGACCUUGCCCGUCACUCCAGGGGGCCCGGCCGCCCUGAGGACUCCUGCGACCGGGUGCCCACAGCCAUGUGUUGCGGCACAGCCCGCGCGGUGUAACCACCGGGGUGGGGCCCACGGAUCAGUUUUGCCCCGGGGCAUCAUGGAUCGUGUGUACACCACUGCCUACCAGCAUGACCACUUCUACAAGCAGAAGUGGUCAUGGUGCUUGGAGUAAUCCUUUAAACAUUUGCAUCCAUUUUCAGAAUCCAUUUGUAGAAGGCAAACAAUGAUAUUUGAUAAUCAUAUCUUUAUAUGUACAUAUGUAAUUUAUAUAUGUACCAGAAGCUAAAAACAUUGUCCACAUUUUGUGACAUAGUAUUUUUUUUAAAAAAACAUACCAAGUGCCAUAGCCAUUAUAUCUUAUUGUAGCAAUUAUCAUUUAAAAUAGCUAUGCUUUUAGACCCUCCAAGUUUCAAGCAGAUUGAAUUUAAAAAAAAAACCUGUUAUAUUUACGGGGCUUGGUGGGUCUCUUUAAGUGAAACAAACCAUAUAGUUAAAGGAACACUACAGGGUCAGGAACACAAACAUGUAUUCCUGACCCUAUAAUGUUAAAAACACCAUCCACCACCCCUAGGUAUAGUAAAAUCAUACUUUUAUUCCAGUCUGCUGCUGCUGGUUUUGCCCCUGAUCUGUCUGCUUGGCUGACAUAAUCAGAAGUGGUGAUCGGAUCCAUUCACAAUGCUUUUCCAUAGGAUUGGCUGAGACUGUCAAUGAGGCAGAUCAGGGGUAGAGCCAAACACAGCCUUGGUCAAUCAGCAUCUCCUUGAAUCAAUGCAUCUCUUUGAGGAAAGUUCAGUGUCUCCAUGUAGAGGAGACACUGAAUGUCAGUCACACCGUGCAGCACUGCCCCAGGAAGCACAUCUAGUAGCCAUCUGAGGAGUGGCCAGUGGAGGUAUCCCUAGGCUGUAAUGCAUUUUCUCUGAAAAGACAGUGUAUACUGCAGAAAGCCUAAAGGGAAUCAUUAUACUCACCAGAACAAAUACAAUAAGCUGUAGUUGCAAGUUGCGAAGUGGGGCUCCAUGGAUCAGAUUUGUUGUUCCAAGAUGCUCAAUCACAGUAAGAUCAGGAGAGUUUAGAGGCCAAGGCAACACCGUAACUACUUUGUCAUGUUCCUCAUACCAUUCCUGAUCAUUUUUUGCAGUGUGGUAAGGUACAUUAACCUGAAAGAGGUCACUGCAAUCAGGGAACACAAUUGCCAUGAAUGGGUGCACAUGGUCUGCAACAAUCUCUAGUAAGGUGGUGUCAAAGUAACUUAUACACGAAUGCAAGUUUUCCCAGCAUAACAUUGCCUCCACUGGCCUACCUUCUUCCCAUAGUGCAUCCUGCUGCUAUCUCUCAACAAGUAAACAAUCUUUUCACUUGCCUAUUUUCCCGCUUCCAACACGUGAAAUUCAAGUUUUGACUUUUCACUUGCUGCCUCAUAUAUCCCACCCCUUGACAGGUGCCAUUGUAACGAUAUAAUCACUAGUCAGUGGUUUUAAGGUUGUAGCUGAUCAGUGUAGAUGCGUGUGAAACUGCGGGAAAUGAAUUAGAUAUCUAUAUUAACUAUAACCUUGAACUAGAAAAUAAUAUUUUGUCUAUACGUUUGCCAAAAAUAUGGGUUGUAAGAAACAAAUAUUAUUUUAUUAAUACCUGUCAGGAAUGUAAGCUCAUUGAGGGCCCUCCACCUCUCUGUUCCUGUACGUCCAAUUGUCUGGUUACAAUUGAAGAUUAUGCUAGCGCAGUGUACUAAUAAUCUUAAUUUUAAUAAUGACAGGCGAAUAUUUUGUUUCUUUACUAACUCCAUAGCAGCAAAGAAAAAAACAGUUGAAAUAAAGAACCAAUCAGAGCGAGUCAGAGUAUACAGGUAGUGCAGAAUUAUUAGGCAAAUGAGUAUUUUGACCACAUCAUCCUCUUUAUGCAUGUUGUCUUACUCCAAGCUGUAUAGCCUCGAAAGCCUACUACCAAUUAAGCAUAUUAGGUGAUGUGCAUCUCUGUAAUGAUAAGGGGUGUGGUCUAAUGACAUCAACACCCUAUAUCAGGUGUGCAUAAUUAUUAGGCAACUUCCUUUCCUUUGGCAAAAUGGGUCAAAAGAAGGACUUGACAGGCUCAGAAAAGUCAAAAAUAGUGAGAUAUCUUGCAGAGGGAUGCAGCACUCUUAAAAUUGCAAAGCUUCUGAAGCGUGAUCAUCGAACAAUCAAGCGUUUCAUUCAAAAUAGUCAACAGGGUCGCAAGAAGCGUGUGGAAAAACCAAGGCGCAAAAUAACUGCCCAUGAACUGAGAAAAGUCAAGCAUGCAGCUGCCACGAUGCCACUUGCCACCAGUUUGGCCAUAUUUCAGAGCUGCAACAUCACUGGAGUGCCCAAAAGCACAAGGUGUGCAAUACUCAGAGACAUGGCCAAGGUAAGAAAGGCUGAAAGACGACCACCACUGAACAAGACACACAAGCUGAAGCGUCAAGACUGGGCCAAGAAAUAUCUCAAGACUGAUUUUUCUAGGGUUUUAUGGACUGAUGAAAUGAGAGUGAGUCUUGAUGGGCCAGAUGGAUGGGCCCGUGGCUGGAUUGGUAAAGGGCAGAGAGCUCCAGUCCGACUCAGACGCCAGCAAGGUGGAGGUGGAGUACUGGUUUGGGCUGGUAUCAUCAAAGAUGAGCUUGUGGGGCCUUUUCGGGUUGAGGAUGGAGUCAAGCUCAACUCCCAGUCCUACUGCCAGUUCCUGGAAGACACCUUCUUCAAGCAGUGGUACAGGAAGAAGUCUGCAUCAUUCAAGAAAAACAUGAUUUUCAUGCAGGACAAUGCUCCAUCACACGCGUCCAAGUACUCCACAGCGUGGCUGGCAAGAAAGGGUAUAAAAGAAGAAAAUCUAAUGACAUGGCCUCCUUGUUCACCUGAUCUGAACCCCAUUGAGAACCUGUGGUCCAUCAUCAAAUGUGAGAUUUACAAGGAGGGAAAACAGUACACCUCUCUGAACAGUGUCUGGGAGGCUGUGGUUGCUGCUGCACGCAAUGUUGAUGGUGAACAGAUCAAAACACUGACAGAAUCCAUGGAUGGCAGGCUUUUGAGUGUCCUUGCAAAGAAAGGUGGCUAUAUUGGUCACUGAUUUGUUUUUGUUUUGUUUUUGAAUGUCAGAAAUGUAUAUUUGUGAAUGUUGAGAUGUUAUAUUAGUUUCACUGGUAAUAAUAAAUAAUUGAAAUGGGUAUAUAUUUGUUUUUUGUUAAGUUGCCUAAUAAUUAUGCACAGUAAUAGUCACCUGCACACACAGAUAUCCCCCUAACAUAGCUAUAACUAAAAACAAACUAAAAACUACUUCCAAAAAUAUUCAGCUUUGAUAUUAAUGAGUUUUUUGGGUUCAUUGAGAACAUGGUUGUUGUUCAAUAAUAAAAUUAAUCCUCAAAAAUACAACUUGCCUAAUAAUUCUGCACUCCCUGUAUAUAAGUCCAAGCAUGACCAAUCAUUUCCUCUUGACUAAUGCGACAUCACAAGUCAAUAAUGGAAUAAAUAACAUGUACGAUCCAGCUUGAUCCAACUUGAAACCGAUAAUGGAAUUGAGUCAUCCUAGUAAUCCAUAAGACUUGUUAAACUGAAAGAAAAGAGAGACUAGUAUCGGUGAUACGGAAUCAACCGUAUGAAAACAUAAGUCUAUGAGUAUAUAUAUAUAUAUAUAUAUAUAUAUAUAUAUAUAUAAAUCUUUAUAUUGACUAAUCUGACUAACCAUAAAUGUUAUCAUAUAGAGUUAAUCCACAAUGAUAUAAAAAUCCAAACCAUAGUUCAUAUUAGUAUAAAUGUUUAAUCUUUAGAAUUAGACUAAUAGCCAUUAAUUCUAAUUUACCUCAGAUUAGGGUGGGAACGUCAAGUCGAAAAGGGAGGGAAAAUAUUCACCUCCUGCCGUUAUUAAAAUUAAGAUUAUUAGUACACUGCGCUAGCAUAAUCUUCAAUUUUACAACAUGACAGGAGGCUUCAUAUUUUGCAAUUUUAACGCUUAGGUAGAAGAGCGAACACUGUGUUGGACAACGAACGGAAAUAGAAUGUCUGGAAUGUCGGUUCGCGGGACCAGUCCGCCGCUAUUAAUAUGUCUGCCAGGGAUGCACAUACCAGAAAAACUGAUGAUGUCAUUGCCCCUCGCACGUAAUGCGCGUCAAAAGACGGGCCUAAAGCUGGUAGGGAGAGGAGCCAUUGAUCCAUCUGGCCAGUGUGGUGACCGAAACCAGACAGUGAGGGUUAACAUUGAACACUCAUAGCUGUCGGUCUGUCGGUGGGUGUAACGUCUCUGCUGCCACCACAUAUGCCCGCCAAACCUUGACCACACACAGUUGGGGGUCCCAGGUGAAGAACGGAUAGGAGAUCGAUGAUGACUUACCUUCUUUGAAGGUUGACAAGAGGAAGUUCAUGAUCUUGGAAACAGGGGCAGUAGAGGGAUCCAGGUCCCGUCCCAUGCCCCAACUGGUCCAAAAUCGCCUUGCAGAUAAGUAGCUCUUUCGCGUUCCAAGGGUCCAGGAGUCCCAUAGAAGAUUCUUAGUCGUUGUCGAUAAAACGUUGGUACCCCAUGUUCCCCUGAAAGAGUACAGAUUACCAAGAAUAGGCGUCUGUCCAGUAGCAUAGGGUGUGGGUUUCCCACUGGGUCCCUCAGUAGGGUGGAGUCGUUCGGCAGCAGAAUUGGGUCCUCGUAGGACAUCUCGAUGAGUUCUGGGAACCAGGGGUGGUUCAACCAGAGGGGCGUCCGGAGGGUUACUUAUUACUCAUCUCCGGACGUGGUGGAGAACUCUCGCAAUCAUAACAAAUGGUGGAAAGGCAUUCCCGUGGAUGCCUCCCCACCCGUGGCGCCCCAACCCAGUCUGCUUGCGUCUGAUUCCGGUAUGUAGUUCGGGUGGUUGCCGGAAAUGGACCGACCGUACCAUGCUUGCAUGCAGUUGUGCUACCAUCCAAGUUCUUGGCGCACAUCGUUCGUCAUCGGAACUGGUUGGUUAUACGUGGUGCUCCAUUGAAUGAAGCGUGCUCUCAACCGUUGCAUGGCACGAAAAAGCAGGGGCCUGGAAAUAUGGAUUGUCUUGGUGAGGAGGGUAGGCCAACGAUCCAGAUCAGUUGUCGGAGCGGAAUGGAGUCGAGCUUGAGUACUCUGCGGAUCUCUUUCCUGAUGGCCGUCACUGUGGUCGACUGGAGUAUGCGAGACCUGGAGUUUAUCUCCAAGCCCAGGAAUUUAAUUUCUUGCAUGGGGUCAUUCCUGGUCUGGCUCUGUUGACGAUGAAACCCGGGGACUCCACAAUUGUACCGUAUAGUCGCUAUGUUGUACGGACAGUUCUCUCGUUCUGCAGACUAAGAGUAUGUCGUCCGGGUAAGUGAUACAUCUGAUCCCCCCGCGUUCUGAGGUGUGUUACCCAUGGUCUCAACAUUUUGGUGAAGUACCCUGGUGCGGAGUUUAGUCCGAGAGGGAGGCAAGUGAAUUGCCAUAAGAAGCCGUGCCGCAGUAACUGAAGGAAGGGGCGGCUGACUUCGUGAAUUGGGAUCGACCGGUAUGUGUCCUUGAAAUCUAGACGCGUAAACCAGUCCCCUUCUUGAAGGAGGUCCCUUACAUAGGCGUGCGCACGGGGUGUGCCGGGUGUGCCUGGGCACACCCUAAUCCCCCGGCACGCCUAUGCAUAUUGAGACCGGCAGGGGAGAUCUCAGGAUCUCCCCUGUCGGCUCAGGCAGAGCCGGCGCUAUCCGAGCACCGGCUCUGCUCUCAGCCUCCCUCCCCACUGACCCACAUGCAGGGAGGGAGGCAGGAGAGGACCCGGCGGAGCUAUUGCCGGCAGCUCCGCCGGGUUCCUCUCGCGAGAUAUGAGCGUUGCCACGGCAACGCUCAAAUCUCACGAGAGUGAACUCUAGCCCCACAGGGGCUAGAGUUCACUCUCCACUGGACCACCAGGGAAAGCAGCAGCACUAUCCCCCCUCCCUACAAAAGGUAAGAAGGGAGGGGGGAUAGCAAGUAAUGUACCUCCACCUCCACCCCCACAAUCACCCACCCACAUACAGCACACACACAUACACAGCACACACACAGCACCCACAGACAUACACAGCACCAACACACAUACAGCACCCACACACACAUACAGCACCCUCACAAACACACACAACACCCUCACACACACACACAGCACACUAACAGUACCCUCACAAACAGGACCCUAACAAACACACACACAGCACACUACCAGUACCCUCACACACAAACAGCACCCUCACACACAGUACAUUAACAGCAUCCUCACAAGCACGCACACACAAACACCCUCACCCACAUAGCACACUACCAGCACCGUCACACACACAUCACUCUCAGGCCUCACUUCACAAUCAACUCAGUGAAGACUGCAUUUACCAUCCUGCAGAAACACCCAUCACUCUCAGGCCUCACUUCACAAUCAACUCAGUGAAGACUGCAUUUACCAUCCUGCAGAAACACCCAUCACUCUCAGGCCUCACUUCACAAUCAACUCAGUGAAGACUGCAUUUUUCCACCCCACUUCUCACCCACCCAGGCUCCCCUUAAAUAUAUAGCAUGCUCCUCCAGCUGUUCGAGAUUCUCACACAAUUACCUGUUCAUUCCCCUAACAUCUUACCAAUAGCUGCUUCUCUGUUAACUCUUUCAGCCAUCACCUCCAAACUUCCCCUGCUACCUUUUGUCUCAAAUCCCCCUGGUAUCCUUUAGAUUGUAAGCUCAAGGGCCAUCUAGCUAAGCACUUUGUAUAAAAGAGCUCCAAUGGCUAGAUAUCAGCUUACGGGCAGGGCUCUCUUACCUCUUGUAUUUGUUUGUGGAUAUUGUACUGUUCUCAACUAAUUGUACAGCGCUGCGGAAUCUGUGUGCGCUUUAUAAAUUGCAAUAAUAAUAAUAAUAAUAGCACCCUCACACAGCACACACACACACACACACACACACAGCAGUGUGUGUAUGUGUGUAUAUAUGUAUAUAUAUAUUUAUAUAUAUAUAUAUACACAUAUAUAUAUACAUAAAUACAUAUAUAUAUGCGGCGUGUGCUUGUGCUUUAGGGUGCACACCCUAAUGCAAUAGGCUGCGCACGCCUAUGGUCCCUUAGUAACGCUUAGUAAGUGUAUGUCUACCAAUUUGAAGUGGCGGUAGGUCACCUGGGCGUUCCGGUCUCUUAAAUUUAUCACCGAUCUGAAAUCCCAGUUUUCUUGCGGGCGAGGAACAUGAUGCUGAAGAAGCCCCCUUUUUGCACAUGGGUUGUAUAGCGCCCUUCAUGCGUAGUUCGUGGAGCUCCACUUCUAUGAAGGAACACUAUAGUCACCUAAAUUAGUUUAGCUAAAUAAAGCAGUUUUAGUGUAUAGUUCAUUCCCCUGCAAUUUCACUGCUCAAUUCACUGCCAUUUAGGAGUUAAAUCACUUUGUUUCUGUUUAUGCAGCCCUAGCCACACCUGCCCUGGCUAUGAUUGACAGAGCCUGCAUGAAAAAAGAAAAACUGGUUUCACUUUCAAACAGAUGUAAUUUACCUUAAAUAAUUGUAUCUCAAUCUCUAAAUUGAACUUUAAUCACAUACAGGAGGGUCUUGCAGGGUCUAGCAAGCUAUUAACAUAGCAGGGGAUAAGAAAAUCUUAAUUAUACAGAACUUGCAAUAAAGAAAGCCUAAAUAGGGCUCUCUUUACAGGAAGUGUUUAUGGAAGGCUGUGCAAGUCACAUGCAGGGAGGUGUGACUAGGGUUCAUAAACAAAGGGAUUUAACUCCUAAAUGGCAGAGGAUUCAGCACGUCUAUCAUGAAAGGACUUCUCUUUCCCCCUAUUGAUACAUUGGCCAUAGGCUCUGCUCGGCCAAGUGGGAUGGAGCCCGGUUGGUAUCAAUAGUCUUCCAUGACAGUGUCAGCCAGACCUACAAAAUCUCUAUCUUCCCUAUCCCUUAAUCUCUGGGUAGGGGGAUAAUAUCUACCUCCCUGAACACCCCCUCUGCUAUAUCCAUUAUUCCCUCCAAAACUUCCUCUACCUCGUCCUCUUUAGCUGCUACCAUAACCACCCUCUUCUCUCUUCUUGUCUCCCACCUGCAAUAUAUCCCCUCUGUGGACAGUCACUCUUCCAAUGCCCUUCCUCUCUACCUAGUGGUACCCUGCUCAUCCUAUUCUCAACUCCUCUAUUCAUCUCCCCUCCUUCUCUAGCUACGCCUGAAAUAGCUACCACUAACAUGUCUAUUUUCUUCUUUAUCUUACGUUCCUCCUCACGCUUUGUCUCAGUUUCCCUAUUCAUACACACCUUAUUUGCAACUUCCAUUAGCUGUGAUAUGGAUAUCCCUGCAAAUCCCUUUAAUUUUUGUAGCUUUCUCUUAAUAUCGCUCUGGGCCUGGCUGACAAAUGCUGAGUCUAUCAUUCGGAAGUUUUCAGGGGCUUCAGGAUUGAAAGGAGUGUACAAUCUAUUUUACUCAAGCAGUCUCUCAUAAAAAGCACUGGGUGAUUCAUUAGCUUUUUGUAACACUUCAGCCGUCCUGGACAUGUUAAUUGCCUUUUUCCCACCUGCCUUCAUGCCAGUAAUAAUGGCUUGUUGAUAGGCCUUUAGAUGGAUCAUGUCAGUGCCAUUUACGUUCCAAAGGUCAGUAAUAAUUGUUGACAAUCAGCCCAGGUGGGAUUGUGGGUCUGCAUAAUAGAGGUGACCAAGUCAAUCAUGGCUUGAGGUUUAUCGGUGUACGAGGAGUUAUGGGUCUUCCAAUUGAACAGGUCGGUCGUGGUAAAAGGGACUUAAACAAAUACAGGAUCUGCCAAUUGCAACUGCCCAUUACCGUCAAUAUGUGGUGGGCCAAGUGUAAGCCGGAGAGGCAUCUGGAAAUGUCGGGGUUGGAGGGUACAAGUCAUCUGUCGGGUUAGUAUGGGGCUUCGGUAAGGCUGUUUAGUUAUAGGUUCCGGUCUGAGAGUAGUAAGAUAGGUGGAAGGGGGUGAGCUAAUUUUACUAGUCGGCAUUUGGCAGAUGGAAAAAAAUAAAAAAAGUGUUAAACCAAAAACCUACCAGCAGAUGUCAGUAGGAUAAGUAAUUGUAUCAAAAUAAUCUUUAUGGGUCUAAUAAUAAACUUAACUUUUAAUAUAUUUAUACAUAAAAUAAAACCUUAUAGCAAUAAAUAUAUUAAAAUAGGGUAAGCAAUCCUACUUCUGUCUGUUGUAUGCCAGUAUAGAGUUAAAGAUGAUUAAAGGACCACUAUAGUGCCAGGAAAACAUACUCGUUUUCCUGGCACUAUAGUGCCCUGAGGGUGCCCCCACCCUCAGGGUCCCCCUCCUGCCCGGCUCUGAGGAGAGGAAAGGGGUUAAAACUUACCUUUUUCCAGCGCUGGGCGGAGAGCUCUCCUCCUCCGAUCCUCCUUCUCUCCUCCCCGUCGGCUGAAUGCGCACGCGCGGCAAGAGCUGCGCGCGCAUUCAGCCGGUCACAUAGGAAAGCAUUCAUAAUGCUUUCCUAUGGACGCUGGCGUGCUCUCACUGUGAAAAUCACAGUGAGAAGCACGCAAGCGCCUCUAGUGGCUGUCAAUGAGACAGCCACUAGAGGAUUAGGGGGAAGGCUUAACCCAUUCAUAAACAUAGCAGUUUCCCUGAAACUGCUAUGUUUAUGAAAAAAUGGGUUAACCCUAGCUGGACCUGGCACCCAGACCACUUCAUUAAGCUGAAGUGGUCUGGGUGCCUAGAGUGGUCCUUUAAACAAUGUAAUAUCACCAUACAAUAAAAUUUAUUUUCAAAUUGAAAAAAAUAAAUAAACAAUGUAAUAUCAAUGUAACUCCCGAAGAUAGCCAGUAGGCAUGGGCGUCCGCAGGAUUUUUCAGCUUGUUCUGCUAUUUUGUGUGAGAUUUAAAAUGAACUGCAAUACCGCUCCGGCCAGUAGGUGGCGCUGUGUAUGGGGAGAGACAGGGAUAGGAAGCUGCAUCUUAUCCCUGCUUCUCUCUGCUGAUUGAAACCGCAGGGGAACAACACAUGCAGCCAGAGACAGCCUACAGAUCAGGUAAGUGGGGGAUGGGGGGGCAGAGACAGCCUACAGAUCAGGGGAGUGAGGGAUGGGGGGCAGAGACAGCCUACAGAUCAGGGGAGUGAGGAUGAGGGCAGAGACAGCCUACAGAUCAGGGAGUGAGGAUGGGGGCAGAGACAGCCUACAGAUCAGGGGAGUGAGGAUGGGGGCAGGAGCAGCCUACAGAUCAGGGGAGUGAGGGAUGGGGGGCAGAGACAGCCUACAGAUCAGGUGAGUGAGGGAUGGGGGUGUAGUAGAUAAUUUACUGCAAACCAAUUAGUUUGAAUGACUAUCUGUUCCUGUCCAAAUUAAAGAUAAUAAAGUUGCGUGCACGCAGAAGUAAAUUCACACUGAGACACAAAGUUCAGGGUAAUGAAAGAACUUCAGAGAAGUUUAAUGGCUUCUGGCAGAAAAUGGGUGCGCAGACCCUUUUAAAGGCAUUAUUACAUCACUGAAGAAUUCAAGAUAACAGCAAAUAGACACUAUUGAUUGGUCCAGGUGUUAAGUGGUUAGUUAGGUACCCUCCUAUCAAGAGGUGAUGUCAUCCUUGACACGGGAGAGGACACAAGAUGUAGGCGCCAUCUUGUUAGCACGAGGUGUUCACUCGAUGGGAGGGGUGCUUUGGCAGCCAUCCAUUUAGAGUGUAGCUGGCACGGUUAGGUUUCAAGGCUUUUAGUAAAUACACAUUUUAUCAAAGCUAUUUCUUGCUGGCAUGCAAAUUCUAUGUUCUAUAGACAAAGCUUUCUUGUAAAACUAUGGGGGCCUCUUAGAGGUAUAGCAAGAGGAUUUAAAGGGGCCUUACAGAUUUAUAGAGGCUUAAUAAUUCUACAACAGGGGGGGCAGAGACAGCCUACAGAUCAGGGGAGUGAGGGAUGGGGGGCAGAGACAGCCUACAGAUCAGGGGAGUGAGUGAUGGGGGGCAGAGACAGCCUACAGAUCAGGGGAGUGAGGAUGGGGAGGCAGGGCAGCCUACAGAUCAGGGGAGUGAGGAUGGGGGGCAGGGCAGCCUACAGAUCCAGGUAAGUGAGGAUGGGGGGCAGGGCAGCCUACAGAUCAGGGAGUGGGAGAUGGGGGCAGGGCAGCCUACAGAUCAGGGGAGUGAGGAUGGGGGCAGGGGCAGCCUACAGAUCAGGGGGUGAGGGAUGGGGGGCAGGGGCAGCUAUAGAUUUGGGGGGGGCAGCAGCAGAUGGAAUUUGGGGACAGCAGCCCAUAGAUUUGGAGGCAGCAGCCCACAUGGGUGGCGGGGCAGCAGCCUUUGGAAUUUGGACAGCAGCCCAUAGAUUUGGGGGCAGCAGCCUAUAGAUUUGAGGCAGCAGCUGCCUUUGCAGAUUUGGGGGCAGCCUAUGAAUUUGGGGGCAGCAGCCUUUGGGUUGGGGGCAGCAGCCCAUAGAUUCAGGGGGACAGCAGCCCAUAGAUUUCAGGGAGGGCAGAAGCCCAUAGAUUUGGAGGGGGGGCAGCAGCCCAUAGAUUUGGGGGCAGCAGCCUUUAGAUUUGGGGGCAGCAGCCCAUAGAUUUGAGGGGGGGCAGCAGCCCAUAGAUUUGGAGAGGGGGGCAGCAGCCCAUAGAUUUGGGGAGGGGCAGCAGCCUUUAGAUUUGGGGGCAGAAGCCCAUAGAUUUGGGAGGGGGGGCAGCAGCCCAUAGAUUUGGGGAGGAGGGCAGCAGCCCGUAGAUUUAUAGAAAUGAACAGGAAGGGUCAGCAAGGAGCUAGAAGGUAAAGCAGCACAAAGGUAAAGUAGAAGGAGCAGAAAGGGUCAGAAAUGAGCUGGAAGGGGCAGAAGGAGCACAAACAUAAAGUAGGAGAAUGAGCAGGAAGGGCCUGCAAGGAGAAGGAAGGAGCACAAAGGGACAGCAAGGAGCACAAAGGUAAAGGAGCAGAAAGAAUCAGAAGGAGCACAAAGGUAAAGUAGGAGAAAGAGCAGAAAGGGACAGCAAGGAGCACAAAGGUAAAGUAGAAAAGGGAGCAGAAAGGGACCGCAAGGAGCACAAAGGGUCUGCAAGGAGCAGAAAGGGAUCAGAAUGAGAAAGGAGCAGAAGGGCGCAAAAUAAGCAGAAAGUAGCAGAAAGGUAAAAUAUCAGAAGGGGCCAAGGAUAGAAAACAGUGUCAGAAGAUAAAAAAAGACUGUCAAAUGAAGGAGAGGAAAAGGAGAUUGGAGCAGGAAGGACAAAUGAAGAGAACCCUCCACUUUAUUCUGGACACCACAUCAUAAGGCUUUGGUAUCUGGGCCAGGCAGGGAAACGCUGGACCUUCUCAUCUCCAAAGGUAAAAAAAUAUCGGUGUUAAUGUGUUCACUUUUAUUUACUGAGUGUCAGGAAGCACAGAGUGCCGUUGGGUAGGGGUGUUGCUGAUUGGCUAGAGCGGUCAGCUGGCACUCUAAGCCAAUCAGUAGCUCCCCAUUCAUAAAAAAGUAAAAAUAUUUUAUGAACCGGGAACUAGCGAUUGGCUUAGAGCGUCAACUGACCACUCUAGCCAAUCAGCGGCACCCAUGCCUGACGUCAAUCUGCACUUCCUGACACACUGUUUCAGAAGCCAAAUACCACUGAGCGACCUGGAGCAGGAGGAAGCCUUUGGGGUUAAACCAUUUGAGAGCGAUUUAACCCCUUAAAGGAAAGAGAGCGCCCAGGGGCCUCCUGGCAUCAUAGCAUUUUCAUUAAGGUGAAGUUGUUAUGGUGACCAGAAAUGUCCUUUAAUUUUCUUAAAGGAACACUAUAGUGUCAGGAAUACAAACAUAUAUUCCUGACACCAUAGUUGUGAAAACGCUAUUCACCCUGGCUUUAUGUGAUAAUGGCUAUGCCCCUUCCCGUUCAUGACACUGUCAAAAAGGUACCAAGCAUGGAUGUCAUUACAAUUAUGCCCCCCCCUGGAAAAAUUUCUGCGGACGCCCAUGCCAGUAGGUGGCCCUAGAGUGCCUCCCUAAAGUCUAAUGAAGCAGUUAGACUUUAAUUAUGUGCUUAUUUUAUUAUUACUUAUUUUAAUCACUGUUCACCCUGAUAUCUAGGCUUGAUUAAAGCUUUAGUUCUAAGGUAAAUUAAACAUCUUAGUUUGUAUUUUAGUAAAGAGGAUAUUUUGGACAAAGCUGGGAGGGGCCCAUCCAGUAACUAAAAAAGGAUAAAAGUGUACUGUAGCAUCUUAUACCAUUGAUCAUUUCUUCCAGUUGUAUUUUAGACUGUCACUGAAGGCACACAGUGUUCAGUAAUUUUAGUGCUAUUUCAAUGAUUAUGGUUAUGGUACAAGUCAGUGGUUAUGGUAUCGUGCGCUAUUUUACACUAUACACACAAUUUACACGUCCGCUAAACAGCAGAGCUCAAGCUUUCUAGCAGGACAUACAUUUUCACCAAUUCCAACGUAUUUUACAAUCUUUACAACAAACCCAACUAUUCUAACUAGCCAGCACUUCGAGGUCUAGGGAACGAAAUGUACACCAGGAUUCACUAGCCUACGCUGCCUAGGCACCACGAUCUAGUGGAUGGAAUUUACACCAGAAUCCACUUAGUCUAUAUAUUCUAUCAAUGGUCUAGUGGCGGGAUUUACAACAGAACACGCUUAGCCAAGAUAGUGUGAGAGCUAGCAGACGAAAUAUACACCAGAAUCCGCUUAGUCUCACCGGUAUCCCCGAUCUAAGGACUGUAUUUACAACAAGAUUCCACUUAGUCAAGCCAGGAUACCGGUGUCUGGCUGAACAUAUAUACACCAGAAUCCACCUAUAUUAGACAGGCUGUCUACAGAGUGUCUAAUUUCCAAUAAGCGGUGCGCCUUCGCUUCAUCCCUUUUUAAAAAAGGGGGCAGUCAGAUUACCGGUUCCAGAUACAAAUUCAACCCCUUGUGGGUUCACGGUCUAACAGUAACAAUCUUACCUUUUAGUUCCUGGACCUAGGCUCACACUCAUCGAUGGGACACCCUGGUACUCACUGCGCAGAAGCCGAUGAUCUCCUGGACAAAAGGCCAGUGGCGCCGAGACGAAAGGAGGUCCACGCAGUAGAAUUCCAGGGGUGCUGCCUUGAAGAACUUUGGUAAAAGUUUACCGUCUCAAAUCUCUUGCGCCAGCUUCCGUGCGAUGAGGUUCCCAGACCCAAUGCACCAGAAAUGUUACUGUAAUCAAUUGCAGAAGCCAAACAUAGAGAUAUGGACACAAGUCUUCAGGAAGUAACAGGUCUUUUAUUUACACACUGAUCGGGUCUCACUGAACUUGUGUUCAAAAGGUAUGAGCCCUGAGCACAUGUUUCAGAAGCAUUUUAUUAAACAAUAACUCCACCCACACAUGCCCUUAGACCAAUCAGUGUAUACAACAUCCUGGAUCUCCUUAUAUGGGCAGACCACAUGGCACUUACAGACAAAGGAAUGUACUAUCUACUUCCACACAUGCUCAGUAUACUGAUGACUCAUCCAACUGUUUGUAAUCAGAUACUAAUUAGCAUAUGCCAUUUGAAGAUUUUGGCCUACUAAAUUUUGACCAUGCUGGAAUCCUAUUACAUUUCAGCAAAUUCUGUGUGACUUUGGACUAGAAUUUAAGGGAAACUGUGUUCAUAAUUUUGGAAAAUGUUAAAAUUUUAUCAUAUAAAUGUGUGUUAACCCAAAUGUCCCAUAAAUACAUGAGUGGCUAUUGCUACACUCAGGGGUGGUAGAAGAGUAAAAAUCUUGGGAUUUGGCAAUUAGCUGAUUUACUAAAACCAAAUGCAGUCAGAACCUGUACCAUUCAUUCAGAAAUCACGAAAUAUCUGCAGUUUAAAGCACAGGAAUUGGAGAUUCAUUAAUUUGACCGAUGAUAAACCAAAUUCAUCCAGCAUGUUGCACAUUGCAAAUUAUAAUUCACUGGUUUUCAGCAAGUGAGCUGAUAAUUUGAAGUAGUAUUUGCCGGCUGGCAGCACUAGCCAGCGAGAAAAAAACAAACCUUUUUGGUGCAAGAGUUAAUUAUUUGGCGGUUGACCAACGCUUGCUACCAGCCGCCAAAUUAAAAAGUAAGUAAAUAAAAAUCCUUUGGAGGUCAAUAAGAUCCCCAUUUUACUAUGAUAGGGGUACCUUUUUUAUGAAUUGGGAGUGAGUCUCAGGUGACCACAGUGACCCUGCCCAAUGUUGCACAAGCCUUCCGUUAUCUAGGAUUUCAGACAGCAGAAGAAAAGAGGGGGCAGAGCGAUCAGGCAUAGGAACAAAGAUUUUUGGUUAAACCGUUCCCUCAAGGACCUUUUGGCACCAUAAAAACUAAAUUUCAAUUAAUUUGUUAUGGUGCUCAGAGUGUUUCUCUAAAUGAUGGUGGAAUGAAAACAAAAAGCAAAUGUGCCCUCAGUCCCAAACACAGGGAAUAUCUAAAAAGACUUUCACUAUGGGCUUAAAUAGGAUAAAAAAUGUCAAUCUUGCAUGGUUAAAGGAUUGCUAAUUUAUAGGCAAAUGUAUUUUUUCAUGUGUAGCAUUUACCAAUUUAAGGAGCACAACCAAUUAACAGCUGCUUAGUAAAUGUAUUCGUUACAUAUGCGUGUUACUAGAUAUAGAUGCUCACAGCACUCUGUAAAUUCCUGAUUUAGCUGUUCAGUCAGGUCAAGUGACCAGGGAAUCACCGCGCAGGACCUCGGAGUGUAAUUUCAUUCUUUACAAGUAGAAGUACAAGAUUUCUUUCCCCUCCACCAACUUUUUGACCCUCUGUCGUCUAAUUACACAGUUCCUUAAAGACUGUGCUUUCAAUCGUAUACUGACAGAUCCAGUAAUUUUGUUUCUGCUGAAACUAUUAUGUAACAUCUAACAGCUGAAAUAACUGCUUUGGCAACUAGGCACUCUAACACAAAGGCCUGCACACAGACAGGACAAAUAAAUAAAUGCAAUAGAUUAGAUUUCUGACAAACAUUGCAUCAAACACACUGUAUUGGAAGUGUGGACAUAGGGGGACACUUUAAUUUUGUGGAUGUGUAUGCAGGGGGUAGGGCUGUUCUGAGACAUUUUCUAGGUGACUUUUUAAUAACAAUGCAUGCCACUAAAAUGUAGCUUAAAACAAGAAAUAUGAAUCUUUCUUAUGUACAAAUCUAUGUAUCUUACAUGCCAUUUAUGGUAGUUUAAGGACACAUGACUUAUCCCUGUGGAGCUCUGUUACACAGUAAGACAAAAAAACAAUAUGGCGCUUCUAGAAAUAAGAGGGAGAGGGAGAGGGAUUUGGGUCCAAAAUAGGGACACUUGGCAGCUAUGAUAAUGUUACUUUUGACACGAUGAAGCACACAUUGACAUGUGUACCUUUUUAAAAUUAUGAUGGGUUUUAUUACCUCAUAUUACACUCCUUGUAAAAAAAAUAAAAACGGGACCAACAAAACAGGCAAAAGCUGUAGAUGGCAGAAUGUACCUCUGUAAGACAAUUCCUCUAUUGAUAUACCCAGGUAUAUAGCCACUGUAUUAAUAAAUGAGGCAAUUGUCCAACUUAUGAACUUUAAUAAUGCAAUUACCACUGUAAUUUAACAAAUGCACUCACAUUACGUGUGGUUUUUUUUUCAGCAGCACAGACAUUGAUUUCUUUUGAUAGGCAUUUGAUAUACCUAACACAGCAUUAAAGGGACACUAUAGUCAUCAGAACAACUACAGCUUAUUGUAUUUGUUCUGGUGAUUCAAUGCAUCUUUAUGAGGAAGUGUUGAUUGGCCAAAAUGGAAUUUGGCCCCGCCUCCAUGCAGUGGCGGAUCCAAAGCCUGAUCUCGGGAGGGGCACUUGUAGAUUAUUUAAGUAAAUAAUCCAUGCACAAUAAUGUGUAUGUGUGAGGGCAGUGUGUGUGUGGGGGGCAAUGUGUGUAGGGGGGCAGUGUGUGAAUGUGUGGUGAGUAGGGUAGGGGGGCUUUGUUAUAAUUUUUUUUAAAUAAAAAUAAAAACAUUUAUAUCCCCCCUCCCUUCUUACCUUUACUGAGGGAGGAGGGGGGACUUUUCUCGAUCCCUGGUGGUCGCAGUGGUGAGAGUGAACUCUAGCCCAUAGCUCCAGGGCUAGAGUUCACUCUCGCAAGAUCUGGAGUAUUGUCGUGGUAGGACCUGGAGGAGCUGCAGGCUGAGCUCCCGGGUCCUCUCUCGCUCCCUACCCUGCCGGCUGCCAGCACAGUGCCUGCGGACUGGGGAGGGAGGUCUCCGAACUGCCCCGUUGCCCCACCCCUGGAUCCGCCAGUGCCCCCAUGCCACCUCCUUCCCUAUGGGAAAGCAUUGGAUUGGCUAAAAAUUUUAAUUUCUGAUGUCAUCAAGGAGGCGGAUUGGGGGCAACACGUGCGGCGCUGGAAUUAAGGUAAGUUUUAACCCCUUCUAAGGGGGGCUAAGAGAGGGUAAGCCACCUAAAUGGUGGUUUUAAAACUCUAGGGUCAUGAAUACAGGUUUGUGUUUCUGACCCUAUAAUGUUUCUUUAAGUAUGAAUUAAAUGUGAAAAAAAAAAUUGGGGAAAGAAAAAUUACAGUUUUUCUUAGAAUAGUUUUUACACAUCAAGAACAAGUAAAGGAAAAUAAACUCAAAAUAAAUUAAUCAGUCCUCAUAAAUACCUCAUAUAUCUAUGAUUUAAUUUAAUCAGUCCUCAUAAAUACCUCAUAUAUCUAGGAUUUCAAUUAAUUUGGGGUAGUUAUAGGACAAAUCUUACAAGGCUAAAUCUUUUCAAAAUGUGGUAUUCUGAGACAAUAGCAGUCUAAAACGCUAAAGAAAAGUAUAAAUUAAAAAAAGUAGACACCGCAGGCUAUUUAAAGCAUAUUUUAAUUUUGAAAGAGCAUAAGAUUUCAUCUAUACAUUGUGCUAAUAGUUUUGCUAGCAAAUGUAUAGUUUGGAAGCAAAACCUAUUUAAAAAUAGUUUUUUCUUACAGCUCUCAGUCAAUACCUUGGCAGACAGUGAAUACUGAGGCAUUGACUGACAAGGGAAAGCAGGAAAGGCCUACCACAGGAGGUGCUUCUACUCUCCCAAGCAUAGCAACCGCAGUGCUGUGGUUGCUAUGGAAACGCCCUAGUCGGCGCUUGUAGCCAUCACUUUGUUUCAAUGCCAUUGUCACUGUCUAUAAUGACUCCACAUUUGUAUUCUGACAAAAUCAAAACUUUGCCUUGCGAGGGUUCCACACAGAAUGAAGCUUCAAAGCAGGAAAAGCUUUUAUAAAGGUUUCUAAUGCUUUGAAUUCUCAUUCAAGCGCUCUGAUUGAUUUGCCAACCAAAGCGCUUUAACAGGCUUGACUUACUUCUCUCGAGCUGUGCCGCUGACCAUGGAUGGGGGUGGGUACAUUUUUUUUGUCAUAGCCCCCACCCACUGGCAAUGGAUUGGGAAAGAACGGUGGAUAGUGAUUUCUCCACUCCCCAUUUUUAAUUUAAAGUCUCCCAUCAAAUACCAAUGGAUGGGGGACUAUAUCUAGGACUACGCUAGUUUUAAACAUCGAGUAAAUAUGCCCCCAAUUGCUCCUUGGCAGUAGUUCGAUCUGGAUGAAGUCCCAGUUCAGGCUCAUUUUGGCGCCUGAAUUGCAUAAUCCAGACAUUGUUGUUAAAUACUCUGUACACAGCCGGGUGGUUUGGCCACGUUUGUUAUGGAGCCAUUCAGACUUUAGGGAAUAAUCCGGUCAGUCUGCGUGGUGAUGGAAAAUGAAACUGACUAUAUGCCAUAGCUUAAACGGAGGCUGACUUUGGUAAAUUGCUUAAAUUAGAAUGGAAUUAUUGCAUUCUGUGCACAGGAUAGUAAAUAUACAAGUCUUCAUCUUCCACCACAAAAAUAGGCAAAUUUUCUCAUGGCAUGGAGCUUCUCUGAAAGAGACUGGUACCCUACACCAUGUAUAUAGUAUUCUAAAGGGGGCUAGCUGGCUGUGAACAUAACAUAAAAAAGGGGACUAUCUGGCCGUGCAUCCAUUCUCACACCCAGAACAAUAUAUAAAAAGGAUCUACAGGCCCCUCUCUCCAUGUAGGUGAAAGCAUGAGAGUUACAUCUGGGAAGUCCCAGCUAAGUUAAUAGAUUUACCAUUUAAGUUUAAAACAAUCCAAGUAAUGCCAUUAUGCGUUUUAUUGUUGUGUUAAGGGACCACACGAGCACGGUUCUACAUCCAUAACCUCAGCAAGGAUGCCGGCUAACACACCCACCCACAACAAGAAGCGCAAUGCUUACGCCGCUGUUGCUGUGGAUCCAGAGACUGGCUACUGCACCCCAGGAGCAUUUGAGUUGGAGAGAAUCUUCUGGCAAGGUCCAGCUAAAUUCACCCAUGUAAACGAAGUUUGGCCCAACCUGUAUAUUGGAGAUGAGUAAGUGUACACAAUGCCCAACUGCAACAGCAACAUUACCUGUACUAUAUGAGCAACAUCGCUAAUGUAUUUCUAAGUAACAGACUCCAUUCAUGUGAAAUGUGACCUUAUCUUUGUUUCUUGUGCAUAAAUAGUCAAGAUUUGACAGAAUCGAAAAGUCAAUUAACACGUGCCAUCUUUCUAGUUUGACUAACAUUAAAAGGACACUAUAGUCACCAAAACAACUUUAGCUUUAUGAAGCAGUUUUUGUGUAUAGAUCAUGCCCCUGCAGUCUCACUGCUCAAUUCUCUGCCAUUUACGAGGUAAAUCACUUUUGUUUCUGUCUUUGCAGCCCUGGCCACAUCUCCCCUGGCUGUGACUGACACAGCUUGCGUGACAACAAAAUGGUUUUAUAUUUUUAAUCAGAAGUAACUUACUUUAAUAGUUUUUAUCUCCUCAUCUGUAAAUUGAACUUUAAGUACAUACAGGAGGCUCCUGCAUGGUCUAGCAAACUAUCAACAGUGCAGGAGAUAAUAAACAGAAUUUGCAAUAAAUGAAGUGUAAAUGAAAUGAAUGUUAGAUGACUCUUUACAGGAAGUGUUUAGGAAGGCUGUGUAAGUCACAUGCAGGGAGGUGUGCCUAGGGCUGCAUAAGAAAAGGGAUUUAACUCCUAUAUUGAAGAACAGUGCUGUGAAAUUGCAGGGGCAUGAUCUAUACACUAAAAUUGCUUUCUUAAGCUAAAGUUGUGUUGGUGACUAUAGUGUCCCUUUAAAUAAACCCCCUUCCUUCCCUACAAAUCCUAAAAGAUAUUUAAAAUAUACAUACACUUUGUCAGUGAGUAGACCGAACACAGGUCUUGCUAGAUGUACUCUCGUGACCAAGGUAGCCAGAGAAAAAGCAUAGAAAAAUCCCUAUAUAUAUUAUAGGAAAACAAUCCAUAUUUCAAUCAACCAUGAUAUCCAAAUACACUUGUAUAAAUGCCUAAACAAUAUAGAUUUGUAAAACGUAAAAAAACAGAAGGUUACAGAAAUUGCUGCUUUGCUAUUUAUGGGUAAUUAUCAUGUAUUGUCAUUGAAUUACAUCUACCUAGGUAGCGGGAGAAUUAGAACAAGACGAUUGGUAGUUGAGUAUCUGUCUUGGAGUUACUGUCAAACUGGAGGUUUUUAUCACCCGUAGUAGAUGACAGAAGAAUUGCAUUUUGUUAUUUCAAGAGAUUAUGCCAGUUCCCCAUGACCACAAUGACAAGAUGUUUUAAAGUAUUUGCAUUACUGAACAGCACAAAGCAACAGCUAUGAUAAUCCAUGGUCACAUGUAUAGAGAGAGUCUUACACAAUGUUUUCCACUACAGUUCUUGAAUAGCACAAGGAGUGACCGUGGGUAUUUUGGUCAUGUUAAAAAAACCAAAAACCCUAGUAUACCCCAUCCCGAGCCCCCACCCGUGCUGCUCGAGUGGAGGCUAUUAAACUGAAGAGGGGACCUAUUGCCCCCCCGGACCCUACCCCUGAGCGGUGGUAUUUUUAGGGUCUUUGUAUGUGUCAAUUUAUUUUUCCACAUAAUUUUCUCUACCCCCAUCACCUUUCAUUUUGCCUCUCUUCCCUCCUUACUCAGACCCUUCAGGCCAUGUAACGCCCAUUUCCACCUUCUUUUCUUUGUCUGUCUUGUCUAAACCACUUACUUUCUCCCUCCAGCUACAAUUAAAAAAAACAUAUAUGUAAAAUUUCAAUAUAUAAUUUAUAUUUUUUUCUCCUGUGAUCCUACCUCAGGCGGUGUGUAGCUUGCUGGCUUGUUACUCUUACAUCCCCCCUUCUCACUGAAGCCACGCCGCAUGGGUGAGGUGUAUGGGAGACAGGGGAGGGGAUAUGAUGUGUUAUCACAUAGGAAAUGACACAGUAAGAUCACCAUAGAUAAAGGGAUAAAAGCUUCAUAUUUAAUAUUAUCUGCUCAGCUACUAACAGGGGCCAUGAGUGUAAGUUAAGCAGAUAGGGAAUCUCUGACCUCCCAAGCUGGUUCACCACUGGGUAAACAAAGGCAGACCUCCAAAUGCCUCAGGCUUAAUUUCCCAAGAGCACAGCCUGUCCCUGCAUGUUAGCUGUUAGUGUUGGCUGCAUGUCGCCCCGUUGCCAUUUGCACUGUUCGGCCGCACAGCUCGCACACCCCUAAGGCCGGCACACACACUCACUGAUAGACACAUACACUCAUUCUCUCACACACAAAAUUAUUACUAUUUGUCUUUUAUUUAUGUCCACCCAGCCUCCCUACCUUUGGGAGAGCUGGAGUGGAUCCUUUCACUGGGGUCCAGUGGAACGGAUAUGAACCUGUAAUUUUCAAGCUCUUCUAGCUCUGCUUCCUUGCAUGCCGUUUAGUGAUACCGGGGCCAGAGUGAUGUCUUAUCCUGUCUCCCUGCAUCACCGCAGGGCGCGAGAGGAGCAGAGCAAGAAAAGCGGUAAGAUUACAGCUCCUUUGCCGUCUGCCUUGUAGGGGACCUAAGGUGGCUCUUGGGCUCUCCAUAACAGGUGGAAUACAGAGGGCCCUGUAGUUCCUCCACUUCACGUUAGGUUUAUCAUCGCAAGCAGGGCUGAACGGGCUGGCAAACACCCAUGCGUUAGGACAAAAUUACCAGCUGCGACCUGGGAUUUGUUGAGACCCACCUUAAUGCAUAUUGUGUCUUUCAUAAACCCACUUAUGUGUCUUCCCCAGUUGGCCAUUAUGUCAGAUUUCAAAAGUAUAUAUAAAGGUGGGCUAACGUUUGUAUCUUUUACAGAGACCGUUGCAUCAGUUAGAAGCACAGCUGCGUUAAUAUUUCCUUCUUCGUUUUGGUCACUGUAGGAAAACCGCCCUGGACCGUUAUAGCCUGGAAAAAAGCGGUUUCACGCAUAUUUUAAAUGCAGCACAUGGCCGCUGGAAUGUAGACACUGGAACAGAGUAUUACAGUGACAUGACCGUGGAGUACUACGGGGUGGAGGCAGAAGAUCUUCCAGGCUUCAACCUUAGCCAGUUCUUUUACCCUGCAGCAGAAUUUAUUCACAAUGCACUAAACAACCCUGACAGUAAGGAAUCACAGUACUAUUAUUAUUAUUAUUAUUGCCAUUUAUAUAGCACCAACAGACUCUGAAGCGCUUUACAAUAUUAUGAGAGGGGGGAUUUAACUAUAAAUAGGACAAUUACAAGAAAACGUACAGGAACGAUAAGUUGAAGAGGGCCCUGCUCAUACAAGCUUACAGUCUAAAAUACUUUAUAAUCCUGUAUACAGAAUACUCGGUGCUAACCCAGCAUCCUUGUAUAGUGAUGGCCAACCAUGGCAUUCAAUGUUUGUAAACUAUGUUCCUUUUGAUUUCAAAGUUUAAAGGGUUAUUCCAAGCACCAUGACCAACUCAGUGAUUUGAAGUGGUCAUGGUACCUGUGGUCUAUAUGUGUAGCCUUUUGCUAUGAAAUGCUGCAGACAGAGUUUAACCUCUCUGUAACUCCACCUCCAGUCCUGUCAAUGGGGUGUCUUGCCAGCCGGGAACAAGAGUUCCGGGUGGCUAAUAUGAAUUUGGUGGUAAUUUGAUGUCUGAGGCCAGCAGGCACAGCAUGUUGACCAUACUUCUCCAUGCCACCCAUGUCCUCCCCUCAGCCUAUGCUCCAUGGUGAGUGAUGUUAUCUGUGACAAAUCGGGCUGCAGGCAUAACUUGGUCUCGACACUAUUUUUAAAGGGGGGGGGGGGCACUGGUUGGAGUAACUCAUUUGCUGCCGGUUGAGGCAGUAAAUUGUAAAUGUAGUACAAACAUCUGUGGGACUAUGGUUAGCCAUCACCGCAUUAAUAUUUAUUAACCAUUUUUUGUAUCUAUUGUAUUAUUUGAGGUUAAUUAAGUGUAAUUAAUGUAAUUUUCAAGGGCUGGCCAGACAGGUUUUUCCUAAAAGCCAAAUAUUUCAUCUUUACAAUAUGCUUCAGUAUAUGAGCUACAAUAAUUUUUUUUUAAUAGAUCUGAAAUCCGUUCUAACAUAUAGCUUUUUAAAUUCAGGGUCAUUUAACCCCUUAAGGACUGGACUGUUUUUGCAAUGUUGUACAUUUGCGACCAGGCCUCUUUUUACACUUUUGUGGUGUUUGUGUUUACCUGUAAUUUUCCGCCCUCUCAUUUACUGUUCCUAUACAAAUUAUAUAUUGUUUUUUUUCAGGACAAAAAAGGCUUUCUUUACAUACCAUUAUUUAUAUAAUCUCAUGUAAUUUAAUUUAAAAAAAAAUAUGAUGAAAAAUUGAAAAAAAAUACAUGUUUUUUGACGUUUACUUGAAAAAUCUUUUACUCAUCUACAAAAGGAAAUAAAAAAAUUGCUAAAUAGAUUCAAAAUUUUGUCCCGAGUUUUAAAAUACCCAGUGUUUACGUGCUUUUUUGCUUUUUUUUUGCAAGCUAUAGGGCUAUAGGUACAAGUAGGAUAUUGCGGUUUCAAAACAUACAUUUUUUCAAAUUUAUCAAUAGUGACAUUGUAACACUAUUAUCUGUCAUAAAUUUCUGAAUAACACCCCACAUGUACAUAUUAUUUUAAAAGUAGACAACCCAGGGUAUUCAAUAUGGGAUAUGUCCAGUCUUUUUUAGUAGCCACCUAGUCGCAAACACUGGCCAAAGUUAGCGUUCAUAUUUGUUUGUGUGUAAAAAAAGUAAAAAACUAAAUUGAACGCUAAUUUUGGCUAGUGUUUGUGACUAAGUGGCUACUAAAAAAGACUGGACAUACCCCAUUUGCAAUACCUUGGGUUGUCUUCUUUUGCAAAUGGUAUGCCAUCAUAGGGGUAAUUCUCAUUCCUGGGCUACCAUACGCUCUCAAAGGCAAUGUAACCAACCUGGCCAUUUUCAAUGUAAAAAUAUUUGACCCUGUAACUUUCAAAAACUCUAUAAAAUCUGUACAUGGGGGGUACUGUCAUACUUGGAAGACUUUGCUGAACACAAAUAUUGGUGUUUCAAAACAGGAAAACGUAUCACAACAAUUAUAUCAUCAGUAAAAGUGCUGUUUGUGUGUGAAAAAUGCAAAAAAAAAGUCACUUUCACUGACAAUAUCAUCACUGUGAUAUGUUUUACUGUUUUGAAUCACUAAUAUUUGUGUUCAGCGAAGUCUCCCUAGUAAAACAGUACCCCCCAUGUACAGGUUUUAGGGUGUCAUAGAAAGUUACAGGGUAAAAUACAGUGCUAGCAAAUUAAAUUCUCUGUACUUUCGGCCUGGGUUGACAGGCAGGUCCCUCAAAUUGCAAUUAAUAAAAUUACUUAAUUAUGUAAAAAUAUUACAUAAAUAUGCACGUAGAAUUUAAAUAUAUAUAUUCAUAUUUAUAUAUUUGAAGUCUACGUGUAUAUUUAUAUAAUUAUUUAUGUAAUUUUGUAUAUGGACAUAUAUUUCGUAUUAUUUUUAUUUAUUUAUAUAUACAUAGAUAUAUACAAUUUCAUUCUAAGUGUAUUUUGAUAGAAAUAUAUAUAUAUUAAUAUCAAAAUAUAGUUAGAAUAAAAUUUCAUAUAGAUAUAUAAUUUUUUUUAAAUUUUUAUUAUUAUUUUAAAAUUUUAUUUAAUUUACUUAUUAUUUGUAUUUUAUAAUAAUAUAUAUAUAUAUACACACAAUAUAUAUAGUUAUUAUAUAUAUAUAUAUAUAUAUGUGUGUGUAAUUUAAUUAUAAGUGUAUUUUUACAUUAAUAUAUGUAUAUAUUAAUAUAAAAAUACACUUAGUAUGAUAUGAUAUAUAGACAUAUAUUAUAUAGAUAUAAUAUGUCUAUAUAUCAUAUAUAUAUACACAUAUAUAAUAAGAUUUUUAUUUAUUAAUAUUAACCUUUUUAUUUUUUUAUUUUACACUAGCAGGGAGACUGCCUGUCAGCACAGGCAGUCCUCCUUCAGGCAGACACAUGGACACCUACUGUGACCAUCUGAUCACUCUGUUGAGCGAUCACAUGGCCCAAGGGGUCCUAAUCCACCGCGGGGAGACUGCCUGGGCUGCAGGCAGUCUCCCCACACCGGGAGCAACGCCAAUCGCCGCCGGGGGAACGACGGCAAUCGGGUUAGUACAUUGCACCGUUAGGACGGUUCAGGACCGCAACCGGUCGGCAAUGCAAAAAUGCCAAUGACGGUUCUGAACCGUCCUAGGUCGUUAAGGGGUUAAAAAAAAUACAAAUGAAAAAUUUCUACUUUCAUCACAAAAUGCCAACUUUCCCUUACUUUCUAUUCUAUUUCUAUCCACUAUGUCUUUCUCUCUCUCUCUCUGUGUAUAUAUACACACACACCCAAACACGUGUAAAAAGUUCAGGGACCUAAGCAUAAAUAUUUUGAUUCAAAGCAGAUCCAUCUCCAAAAAUAAGUUUAAUCUAAUUUGCUUUUAUAGAACUCCCUGUGCUUACAUCUCCUUUUUAUUUUUUUUCCUGAGCAAGGUUUCAUAAUAUACCUCCCAACAGUGGGAGUAUGCAAAGCAGGACAGGUGGGCAUCCCUAAAGGGGACCAAAAUGGGUCGACCCUGAGCCUAUUUACGCUAUUUGCAGGGUCCUAAUGCCUGUUCACAUCUAAUGAUGUACUUGUGCUGUAGUUCCCAAAGACAGUUAGUUCCCUGGUGUCCCAGUAAAUCGGGACGGUGGGACAGGACCCUAAAACCUGGACUUUUCUGCUGAAAUUAGGACAGUCGAGAGGCCUGUAUACAUAAAGUAUGUUAUUUCUCUCUCAGUAUUGCAGGGGCUAAAAGACAAUAGACCAGGUCAACCUCUCCUGCAUGCUCGUCACUUAUCUUCUCACCUUUUACCAACAGUUUUUCUCUUUUUAAGUUAUGAAAGUUUCUAGUAAUAAAUAUAAUUAUUUGUACCCAGGACAUACUUGAAAACGAGAGAAAUUUCAAUGUAUCUUUCCUGGUAAAAUAGUUUAUAAAUAAAUAGAUAAUUAAUCAUAUAGUGACACAUAUUUUAAUGUGCUUUCUUAUUUACUACAAGUUAAGGUAUAGAAUAUUCUUAUAUGUGUCAAUAGGACAAAUUUCUUUGCUCAUACACAUUAAAUGUCAAUUCUUUUUGCAGGUAAAGUGCUGGUGCAUUGUGCCAUGGGUCGUAGCCGAUCUGCCUCUCUGGUAUUAGCCUAUCUGAUGAUUUAUAAGAAAAUGACAGUGGUGGAUGCAAGCACUCACGUCCUAAAACAUCGCUGCAUCUUGCCAAAUCGGGGCUUCCUCAAGCAGUUGAGGGAGCUGGAUAUUAAAUUGGCUCUGGAAAAGCGAGAAGCUAGGGCCCAGAUGAAUGGGACACAGAAGGAUGAGUGAUACCCAGUGAAAUGGAGAUGGGGGGAAAAAAAAAUCGCCAAAGACGUGGCCCAGGAUGUGCUUUACACAGGAGGGAAGCAGACAUACAUUGUGCACUAAAAUCUUUGUAUUUUCAAUUUGUUAGUAUCAGUCUGAGUUGAGUUGGUCUAAUCAAGUUGUGGAAUUCAUUACUCUCCUGCCGGAUUUGAGCGUAUUUUAUUUUAAAAUGGUUUUCGAUACAAAUGUUUUCAAAAAUAGUUUUUUUACAACCUAUGUUAAUAUUGUUAUGUUUAGAGCUGUGCAUAUAAAGUAGUUCAGAACUAAGGAAGUGUUGGAUGGUACAAGGCUAAAUGAUUUACAGGAACGUAACAUAUCCAGGAAUCGAAAAAAGCAAUUGUACUCCUUUUUGGUCCAGCAUUCAGGGGCUUCUGGUUUGUACCUAGGAACUUAGAAAUAUGUGUCGUUUUCAAAUAAUGUAUUGUGUUAUUUCAUGACUACUGAUGGUCUUCAUUCAUUUUUCUUUAUGGCCAAUUAUCACUUUAUUACAAAAAGUGUCUUUGAGAAAAAGAAAAUUAUCUCUCACAUUUGAUGAAAUCCUUUUAUAAGAAGCAAACAUGAACACAUAUGGCCAGGUUAUGGGAAGAAAGAUAGAAAAAAAAGAAAAUGAACAUUACUUUAUACAUCACAUUUUAGUCUUACCAUUUAUUGUAUCAAAUUCUUAAUGUAUUUAAUUUAAAUCACUUAAUUAAAUACUAAAAUAUUAAACAAAAGAAAAGUGCCUUGUUUUGGUUGUGAAUGCUAUUAAAUCAUCCAUAUUAACAAUGUUACAAAUGCCAAAUUGAGUAGAAAGAGGAAGACAUCAGUUUAAAACAACAUUCCUUACAGUGAAAAUCAUUUUUCCUAAAGCCAUUUUGUUUUUUUCUUUACAAUUUUUUUUAACCCCAAUCGAAAAAUAAAAACUUUAAUUAAAAUUUGCGUAAACUAACAGGACAUCUCCCAGCAUUCCACUGUGCACACAAUAGGAAACUCUUUUUUUUUUACUUGCUGGAGUAUGCCAAAUCCCUUCUAUGUUUAAACCAAGUUUGUAAAAACAUUUUAUCAGCACAAGGCAUAGGCUCUUUCAACCCCUUUAUUCUCAAUGAUACCAGCGAAAACAUGACAAUGGAGCUAUCCUUGUCAGCCACUUACAACAUUGACUCUUGGAACAAGUAGCAGGUUGUGAAACACCAACAGAGAUACACAGCAUUAAUAACACGGUCUUCACUCCACGUUUGGAGUUUAGAACAGUGCCAGACCUGAAUGAAGUGGUCUGGGUGUAGUGCCUCGUGUUACACAUCUUAGUUACAUAGUAGACAUGUGCAAAUCGUUUGGGUCUGAAUUUAAAUUCAACGAAUUUCAGCGAUUCGGACAUUGUCGAAGUGCCGAAUUUCGGAAGCGCCGAACCGCCGAAUUUCGGAAGUGCCUAAAUGCUUUGAAAUUCUGAAAAGUGGCAAAACAGGAGAGGGAGGGAAAAUGAAGGUAAUGAUGACAAGAAAUCUAACCCUAACCCUACUCCUAACCCUAGUAGGGGUAGGGCUGGGAUUAGGAGUAGGGGUAGGGUUAUGGGUUAGGUAAGGGGUAUGGUUAGGGUAAGUCCCGAAAUUUGGAAGUGCCGAACCAAACUGAAUUUUUUUGCCCAUCCACAUCCCUAUUACAGAGUUACAUAGCUGAAAAGAGACGUGCAUCCAUCCAUCAAGUUCAGCCUUCCUCACAUAUGUUUUUGCUGUUGAUACAAAAGAAGGCAAAAAACCCAGUCUGAAGCACUUAAUGACCCCUUCUUGACCCCAAAAUGGCAGUCAGAUACCUCCUUGGAUCAAGCAGCU